AUGGCCCGUGGCUGGUGGUGCUCGCCGUCCGGUGAGCAAGAAGCUUUCCGCCCUUGGCCCUGGUCCAUUAGCGCUGUCUGCUUGACCGCUCGCUACCGCGCCGCAGAGCAGCGCCAUGAGCAUUUGGGAGGGCGAAAGGGCGGCGAGCUCUUCUCCGCAACUCCCCACCGCCGCAGUCCAUCACCGUCCGCGGCGCAUUCGCCAAUAGAGUCUCCGCAAUUGCUGCUGUUUUGCACUCUCCGCGCCCGCCGCGUGCAGAGGGUCGGCAGCUUGAGACGGCGGCCGAGUCUGGCGGCCGUGGUAAUAUUUGAAGCUCUGCCCCCGUCGGUGCCUUUGGGGCUUAGCCUCCAGGCAGCAGCGACCCAGACGACGACGCGACUCAUCCGCCGCAUCAUCAGUUCCUCGUGUCCUCUCCUCGACAAAACCACUCCCCCUCCCGCCCUCCAGUUUGCUCCUUUUCCUCAGAGUGCUUCGUCCUCAGGCCUCGUCACCGCGUCCCCCGUCUUGUUCAGUUGCUGCCGCCUUAAUUUGCUGUAUUUCGAGCUUGCAUUUCUUAGCCGCGCCCGCCCUCGUCUUUGGCUUCGGCUUGCACCGCCCUCUUAUAUCCUCGACCCUCCCGCCCUCGGCCGUUCUGCUUCCAGCGCCCUUAUUGCUGCCUGUCCGCCUGAGUCUCUCAUCACAGCCCGACUCCCAACUCGUUUCGUCCAUCUCCACCUUCUUCCUCACCACCGUCCUGCCCAUGAGGAAUUGAUCCGGGGGCGACUACGCAUCUUGCCAUUUGCAGACCCCGACUCAGUCCAGAGCCCGACUGUAGGUCACCCCAUCACUUUUGCACUCCUCACUUUCGGUCACUUUUCUGGGAAGGCUGUGUUUUGA